CACACACACACACACGAAUACACGCGCGCGCCUUACCACCAGCUCCUCCGAGUGUCUAAUACACUGGAAAAUCAAAGCGCAAGCCUCCCCCGUUCACACACCAGUGCUGCGCGUGGUGCACAGCACAGAGAGAGCCACAGUCUUUCUCCUUUCGCUUGCUGUUCUUUCAUCUGCAGUUCUCCCCCCUCCCACACAAAGUUUUAUACAUAGAUAGGUGUUUAAAAACUUUUCAUCUUGAGAUAUAUAUAUAUUUUUUUGUACCUGGACAAACUCUUUUAGGUUUUUUUAAUUUGAUUUUAAACUUCGCAGCUUUAAUGGUGACAGGCUUUAUGAGGUAAAGCAUGUCUGGAUAAGCUUAUUUUUUACGCACGCCGCGGACAUGGAACAUAAACUCUGCAGAGGCUGCUGGGUUCCGGUGACUGGUCUGGUCAUAUGUCUACUGCUGUGUGCGUGCGUGGUGGACCUGGUACUUGCGCAGAUUCGGUACUCCAUCCCCGAGGAGCUGGAUCACGGAGCAUUUGUGGGCAACAUCGCAGAAGACCUGGGUCUGGAUGUGGCCAAGCUUUCAGCGCGAAGGUUUCGCAUCGUCUCCGGCGCAAAGAAACAGUAUUUAGAAGUGAACUUGGAGAACGGGAUCCUCUUUGUUAACGAAAAGAUAGACAGAGAGGAGCUGUGUGAAAGAAGCCCGAGCUGUUUUCUACACCUACAAGUUGUCAUCGAAAACCCGUUAGAACUGUACAGAGUGGAAGUGGAGAUUUUAGACGUCAACGACAACUCCCCCAGCUUCCCGUGGACUGAGUUCAAUCUCGACAUCACAGAGUCUGCUGCGCCCGGCUCACGCUUCCCUUUAGAGAGCGCACAGGACCAGGACGUGGGCACCAACUCUUUGCGCUCCUACCAGCUGAGCGCAAACCAGCACUUCGUGCUCAACAUCCAGACGCGCAAUGAUGGCAGCAAGUUUGCUGAGCUGGUGCUGGACACUCCGCUCGACAGGGAGCAGCAAAAAAGGCACGAAAUGGUUCUUACUGCUUUUGACGGAGGCUCACCGGAACGCUCUGGGACAGCGCUAAUAACUGUCACAGUGUUAGAUGCCAACGACAACGUGCCCGUCUUUGAUCGCUCAGUUUACAGGGCGAGCUUGGUGGAAAACGCACCCAGGGGAACGCUGGUGCUGAAGUUAAACGCCACAGACUUGGACGAAGGCUCAAAUGGGGAAGUUACAUACGCGUUUAGCGGGCACGCACCUCUUAAGGUGCGCGAAUUGUUCAGCGUGGACCCCUACAUGGGGGAGAUACGUGUGAAGGGCGUUGUGGACUACGAGAAAGCCAGUGUGUAUGAACUGUACGUUCAAGCAAAAGACAGAGGACCGUCGGCUGUGGCAGUACACAGUAAGGUGCUGGUGGACAUCCUGGAUGUGAAUGACAACGCUCCCGAAGUUAUCCUCACGUCAGUGUCCACACCUGUCCAGGAGGACGCGUCGCCUGGCACAGUGAUAGCUGUGAUCAGCGUCAUGGACCGAGAUUCGGGAGAGAACGGAAACGUGGACUGUCAGAUUCCGAAUAAUGUCCCCUUUCAGCUCCAUUCAUCUUUUAAGAACUAUUACACGCUGGUGACAAGCGAGCCGCUGGACAGAGAGACUGUGUCCGAGUUCAACAUCACACUUACGGCCAGAGACUUGGGCUCCCCUUCACUCUCCACCAGGAGAACAAUUCUGGUUCAAGUGUCUGACAUAAACGACAACCCCCCGCGGUUCUCUCAACCUUCAUACACAGUUUAUGUGACCGAGAAUAACGCCCCGGGCGCUUCCAUUUGCUCUGUCUCUGCGUUCGACCCAGAUUCUAAUCAGAACGCAUAUCUGUCUUAUUCUAUUCUGGAGGGUCAAAUUCAGGGCAUGCCCGUGUCCACUUAUGUCUCCAUCAACUCCGACAACGGCAACAUAUACGCACUGCGCUCUUUCGAUUACGAGCAACUUAGAAACUUUCAGAUUCUGGUGCAGGCACAGGACGCCGGUUUCCCCCCUCUCGCCAGCAAUGUCACGGUCAACGUGUUUGUUCUGGACCAGAAUGACAACGCGCCUGUCAUUGUAUCCCCGCUGCCCAAGAACGGCUCCGUUGCCACGGAGGUGGUUCCGCGCUCUGUGGACGCGGGGUAUUUGGUUACCAAAAUCACGGCGUUAGACGCAGACGCGGGGCAAAACUCCCGGCUGUCUUACCAGGUUAUUCAGGCGACUGACCCGGGCUUGUUCAGCGUGGCUCUAUAUACAGGCGAAAUCAGGACCAUUCGCCGAUUAGUUGAGAAAGACGCAACAAGACAAAGGUUGGUAAUAUUAAUCAAGGACAACGGGCAGCCGCCGCUCUCCGCCACAGCCUCUAUUGUCCUCACAGUUGUAGACAGCGUGCCUGAGUCGCUGUCAGAUUUCGGAGAUCUAACUCUCAGCCCGAAACCCCCCUCAAACCUCGCCUUGUAUCUCAUCGUGUCACUCAGCACAAUAUCGUUAAUAUUCCUGGUGGCUAUCAUAGUGCUGGCUGCCGUUAAGUGCUACAAGGACCGGGAGACCCACAGCGGUUACAACCUGCCCCCCUUAGCCUGCUGCUGCUGCGGGGGGUUUCAGCCAGAGCCGCCCCCGGAGGUGUUCAAAAAAUCCAACCUCAACUUGCAGAUUUCAUCCGCGUCCAAAGUACCUACGAACUGCAUGGAGCCGUGCAGCCCGAGCAGCACGCCGAGGAACAACGAGGCGAAGAACGCGGACAACUCGUGGAACGCGCACAGCCGGAGCGCGUCUGUGAACAACGGAGCUACAACUCCGAACGAGGUGAGCGUGACAUCAGAAAAAAACAAACAAACAAAAAAAAAACAAUGCGAGAGUUUAAACUGUGCUUUGAGACUUCGUUUUACUUUCUUCUCUGUGACAACGCGCCAGAGUGACAUUUCAUCUCUUGAAGGUCACAUUACGCAUGCCGCACAGGUGUGAAGUCAAACAUACACCCCUCCCCCCGCCCCCAAACGACAAUAAAA